AGAUUUCUCUACUAGAUAGAUUUCCCUUCGACGUACAUAUACAUACAUGUAAGCUUUCGUAUCUAAAACGUUGAAUGUGUAGUCAAGAAAAUGUAACGAAAGAUCGAAAUUUCAAAGGAAAUAGUGGGAAUGAUAGCUGUGACUACAUUAUUCCCAAAAGAUUCGUUUGUGUUUAUACUUUCCUAACCAAACUUGAUCGCCCCAAUCUUUUCCGGGCUGAUAGUCGUUAAGAACAGCUUUUCACCAAUCCCUUAUUACGAUAAUCUACUAACGUUGUCAUUUCUAUACUUCAAAAUUUAUUUCCGCAUAUAAUUCAAAUGAAUUUCAAUGGAUAAAAAUGAAAAUUAAAUACUGCAAAGUUCGAAAAUAACAAUACAUCGAAUUAAUAGGUUAUUACUCCCAAACAGCGCCCAACCAAAAAUAUUCGUUAGUUCUACAGCCCAGAUAAAUGAACAAACAUAGUUGAAUAAAUAAACAGAAAGGGCAGACUAUAUACUGAAGGCAUUGAACCCAAAUGAGUACUAAGAAGAACAAUGCUUCUCUUGAAAAAAUUUCCAUGGAAUGAAUUAACAUUAUGUACCGUCUGAUGAAUGCACAGCCUUUUAGUAUUCUUCAAAAUCUGAUAAGAUGCCCACGAUAGCCAGUUCAUCUUUAACAUAUGAAAUUCUUAUGUAUCUAAACUCUUUUUAUUUUGGUAUGUUUGCCAUAUGUGAAUUAGGAAUGGGAUUUUUCAAGGCUGCAAAUCUUCCUUCGCCUGGCACAAGUACAACGUUGACAGAAUUUGCCCUCCUAUUCUUCCUUAUAAUCACAGAAGGAGCUAGGAUUUAUCUUGGAAGAAAAGGAAAUUUAACAGAACAUGGACUACCAAUUCUUAUUGGAGUUAUUUUAACUGUACCUAGUUCCUUAGCAACGUUAUACUUUUUACUCUGGCAAAAUUAUGUACUUAGAUUAGAAGUAAUUCUUUGCAGCAUACAAUUGGUACUGUUAGCGUCCGAGUUAAUUAUUUCUAUCCUUUGCCUUAUAGCUAUUUACCGUCCUUCCUCUCCAGAAGAAUGA